AAGCCCCAUAUAGCUCAUAAGUGGACUGCUCUUUGGUAUAGUGUAUCUCUUUGAAACCCUAAAAGCAAAGACAAAAAUGGGCGAGGUAGUAGAAAAUGGAGGAGCUGAGAUUGCUAAGAAGCCAGUUAUGGUGGCAAUUGAUGAAAGUGAGUGCAGUCACUAUGCCCUCAUGUGGGUUAUUGACAACCUCAAAGAGUCCAUAACUACCAAGUCACCGCUGCUCAUCUUCAUGGCGCAGCCUCCUCCGGCCAGCAGCAUCACAUUCGCGGCCCCUCUCGGGGCUGCUCGCAUGUAUUGCCCUCCCACUCCAGAGUUUGCCAACAAUAUGCAGGAAAAUCAUAGGAAGCUUACAGUGGCUCUGUUGGAGAGAGCUAAAGACAUAUGUGCUAGUCAUGGGGUGACUGCGAAGACGGUUACAGAUAUUGGGGAUGCUAAAACAGCCAUAUGUGCUGCAGUUCUAAAAUACAAUGUCAAUUUGCUUGUUCUAGGUGAGCGUGGACUCGGAAAAAUCAAAAGGGCUAUCCUUGGGAGUGUUAGCAACUACUGUGUUCAGAAUGCCAAGUGCCCUGUUCUUGUUGUGAAGAAAGCACAGAUUGUUUGAUGUGAUUCAGAUUCCAGAAUCCAGCAUGUAAAUAAUUGCAUCAGAAGAAUGUCGUGUGAUAUCAAAUAUGUUUUACUUGGAAUUCUAGCUUCUAAUUAUAUCAAGUGAAUGAUGGCAAUGUAAUGAUACUUUGUGUUUUCUUUUGACAGAGUAGUACUGGUGAAAUCCUAUGAGUCUUGUGUUUGUUAGUA